CUCCCAAUUUCCGGACAAGGAGAGACUUCCGGUUCCGGCGAUGGGCUACAAAUCUCUGCUCUCGGGCAGUGGUCCCCCUUUCUCCGAGCCGGUGGUGGGGCCUCCCUGCGGCGGUGAGCUGCCCGGUCCCGUCCCAUCCGCCCCCUGAAGCGGUGAAACGCGCAGGAGCCUGAGUCAUCCUUUUCUCGAGUUCCAGAAUGGAGACUGAAGGAGACCCAGACACACAAAGAAAUAGAGAAGUCCAGAAUGCCGAAAUGAUGUCACCAUCAGAUGAGAUGGUGGCGAAGGAGCCAGAAGAUGUGCUAACAGCAGCUCCCCAGCCCCAGCUUCCACAAGAGCCUUCUGGGCAUCCACCAGAGAGCCUUGGCGAAGGCUGUGUGGAAGAUGUUGAGACCGAGCCGAGAGCGAGCCCUCUCAACCCUGCAAUCUUCAGGCAGAUGUUCAGAAAGUUCCGCUAUGAGGAUGCACGCGGGCCCAGGGAUGUCCUCAGACAUCUCCUGGUGCUUGCUCGGCUGUGGCUGCGACCUGAUAUUCACACCAAGGAGCAGAUUGUGGAGAUGCUGGUGCAGGAGCAGUUCCAGGCCGUCCUGCCUGAAGAGCUCAAAGCUCAGGUGCAGAAAUGUCAGCCUGGGGCCAGAUUCACUGGCUAAGUCUCACUGCUCACUUCUGGUUCAGCCUACAAAUGAGACAUUCGGUUAAAGGUUCUCUUUGUUGCAAAUCCUACUACAGUCAUGGGAAAUUUGAACCUCGGUUUUUUGUUUGAGUUUGCCUUUGACUAGUUGUAAUAAGAAUUCAAAACCCAUGUCUGGACCUCUUUUUGCCUGAGGCCGUUCUAUUUCCUGGGACUCUGAACUCCAGAAGGAGUUUCUCUGCCCUCUCGUUAGGACAAUCAGCCUGCUGCUUGUUUUUGUUCCGCUGAAUGUCUCCUUUUUUGCACUUUGUGACAUCCUUUAAUAUAUUGUUUAUAUGUAUCCAAAGAGGUCAUUGCUUUAACUUUCAGAAUUCUUGAUUCUUGCUGUUGUGGCAUAUGAGUGGGAGCUUCUGUAACCCCACCAGUAACUCAUUUGGGAUGUCCUUGAAAUAUUAAAGUUUGGUUCUUAAUAAAAA